GCGUGGAGGCCGGUGGCGGCUGCUGAGUGGAAACAAAAUGUCAGUCAGCGUGCAUGAGAACCGCAAGUCCAGGGCCAGCAGUGGCUCCAUUAACAUCUAUCUGUUUCACAAGUCCUCGUACGCCGACAGUGUUCUCACGCACUUGAACCUUCUCCGCCAGCAGCGCCUCUUCACUGAUGUCCUUCUCCAUGCCGGGAACAGGACCUUCCCUUGUCACAGGGCCGUGCUGGCUGCCUGCAGCCGCUACUUCGAGGCCAUGUUCAGUGGCGGCCUGAAAGAGAGCCAAGACAGUGAAGUCAACUUUGACAACACUAUCCAUCCCGAAGUCCUGGAGCUGCUGCUGGACUAUGCGUACUCAUCUCGGGUCAUCAUUAACGAAGAGAAUGCCGAAUCCCUCCUGGAGGCGGGCGACAUGCUGGAGUUUCAAGACAUCCGGGAUGCCUGUGCAGAAUUCCUGGAAAAGAACCUGCAUCCCACCAACUGCCUGGGUAUGCUGCUGCUCUCUGACGCACACCAGUGCACCAAGCUCUACGAACUCUCCUGGAGAAUGUGUCUCAGUAACUUCCAGACCAUCCGGAAGAACGAAGAUUUCCUUCAGCUGCCCCAGGACAUGGUCGUACAACUCUUGUCCAGCGAAGAGCUGGAGACAGAAGAUGAAAGGCUCGUGUAUGAGUCUGCAAUUAACUGGAUCAGCUAUGACCUGAAGAAGCGCUACUGCUACCUCCCCGAGUUACUGCAGACCGUGAGACUGGCGCUCCUGCCGGCCAUUUACCUCAUGGAGAAUGUGGCCAUGGAAGAGCUCAUCACCAAGCAGCGGAAGAGCAAGGAGAUUGUGGAAGAGGCCAUCAGGUGCAAACUGAAAAUCCUGCAGAAUGACGGGGUGGUCACCAGCCUCUGUGCCCGGCCUCGGAAGACAGGCCACGCCCUCUUCCUCUUGGGAGGACAGACUUUCAUGUGUGACAAGCUGUACCUAGUAGACCAGAAGGCCAAAGAGAUCAUUCCCAAAGCUGACAUCCCCAGCCCCAGGAAAGAGUUCAGUGCAUGUGCAAUUGGCUGCAAAGUGUACAUUACGGGGGGGCGGGGGUCUGAAAAUGGGGUCUCAAAAGAUGUUUGGGUCUAUGACACCCUGCAUGAGGAGUGGUCUAAGGCUGCGCCCAUGCUGGUGGCCCGGUUUGGCCAUGGCUCUGCUGAACUGAAGCACUGCCUGUAUGUGGUCGGGGGGCACACGGCUGCAACCGGCUGCCUCCCGGCUUCCCCCUCUGUCUCUCUCAAGCAGGUAGAACAUUACGACCCUGCCACCAACAAGUGGACCAUGGUGGCCCCCCUCCGAGAAGGCGUAAGCAAUGCAGCAGUAGUGAGCGCCAAACUCAAGUUGUUUGCUUUCGGAGGUACCAGCGUCAGUCAUGACAAGCUCCCCAAGGUUCAGUGUUAUGAUCAGUGUGAAAACAGGUGGACAGUCCCGGCCACCUGUCCCCAGCCCUGGCGUUACACGGCGGCAGCUGUGCUGGGUAACCAGAUUUUUAUUAUGGGGGGAGACACAGAGUUCUCUGCCUGCUCUGCAUAUAAAUUUAACAGUGAGACUUAUCAGUGGACCAAAGUGGGAGACGUGACAGCCAAACGCAUGAGCUGCCAUGCUGUGGCCUCCGGAAACAAACUCUACGUGGUUGGAGGAUACUUUGGCAUUCAGCGGUGCAAAACUCUGGACUGCUACGAUCCAACCUUAGAUGUGUGGAACAGUAUAACCACAGUCCCAUACUCGCUGAUUCCCACCGCCUUUGUCAGCACUUGGAAGCAUCUGCCAUCUUAAAUGUGACCGAAACAGUGAGCAUGAGGUAAGAGCUCACUUUAUCACUUGCCGAGACACAAUGAAAUUUCUUUUCUGGAGAGGCCAAACUCAAUGAUGAGGAAGAAGCAAGAGGAAAAGAAGUUGCUCCAAGAUUUGAACACAAUCCACUGCACCUUGUAAAUGACCCAACUGGACAUGAAGGAAGGGGGUGGGGGAGGGGGCGGGACUCUCAGUGCAAGUCGCACAUGGUUUAAAUAUGAAUGAGUGAACCUGUGAUCUAGUCCUUGUCUUGUAAUUGUGGAUUAAUGUCAGCGUUAAUCAGCCCCUCAAAGGGAGAGAAAAGCCGGACCUUUUCCCUGGCUGUACCAUAUUCAGCAUUUGAUUUCCAUGGGCUCCGCCAUUUAUGUGUAAAAUUUGAAAUGGUUGUCACCUCCCUUUGAGGAGCUAGCUUGAAGCCUCCACACCAGCUGCUGUUGGAGAUUGAAAGCCCAACUGGGGGCCGGGAGGGGAAGCUGGCUGGGCCGGCUGCAGAAGGAGGACUCCUGGUCUCUCGGCUAAUCGGGGAGGCACAGUGCGUGCCCCCCAGGAAGAUAACCUAAACAGUGGGGGGAAUGUUGGUAGCCGUUUAGUAGAUAUUCUUUUCUAUUUAUAUGUGACUUUUUUAACUUUCCCUUGGCUGUUAAGAAACGUGUUGUAGAUUUAGCUAUUUAUUGUUUGAUGCCUGCAUGCUGAAACAAUGCUUACCGUUGUCUUCACGUGUAUGGACCUGUGUGAAUGGUUGUAUGUUUUGCACAUUUUGUGACCGUUAAGACGUGCUUUGCUGCACAAAAUGAAAACUUUUUGAGUUACAAUUGGCAUAUAAACUGGAGGGUGGUUUGGGUGGGUGGGGUGGGUACAUUUUAUAAAUGUUAAGACAGGGAAGGGUUACACACCGGAAACUUUAAAUUACAUCCUGGAACUAGAGAAAGCAGGGAGGCCACUUUAUUUGGACUCACCAGUGUUUAACGGGGUUUUAUGGUCUGACUGAUGGUUGAUAGGGCACAUGGGGGCUUCCCUCUGCCUUUCUCCUUUCGCACCAGUUCACCUAAUUCAGUCUCAGUUGCUGAAAUUAGGAAAGGACCAAAUCCUUUUGCAGUUUUUUCCCCCUUGCAUCCUGAAAUCCUGGAAAGUGCCAUGGAAUAGUUCUGUAUAUAGGGCACAGGGAAAGAUUUUCCAAAGCUUAUUUAUUUACCUAUUUAUUACCCUUGGAGAAUACUUUUCCAGAACCACAGCUGAUGGGACACAACAAAGAUCCCAGAUGUAAAUUAAAUUCACUCACUGGAUUUGCUUAACCUGGCCAGAUUCACCCAUCUUUAUUCUUUCGCCAUGCUAGAAGUUCUCGGGAAGGUCUCCAAAACAGUAUUCACAGUUGCACUAUGAACUUUCAGUGCUGACCCUUAGGUCUAUUUGAUAAGUGCAAAACUGGACAUGUUUGGCCUGGAAACACCCAAUUGUAAGCAGUGGCCCCUGCUGGGAGACACCUUCUGGGACCCUUGGGAACUGUUUGUGAAUACAUUCUUUUGCUAGUCUAAGUGCUCGUUUAAUAGAUCCGUGUUGUGAUAGGUGUUAGUGCUAGACUCACAUAGGUCUGGGGACGACCCACGUUUGCAUCUCGCACUGCUUUUGUCAAUGUUUCUCACAUUACUGUAUUUUAGAAAAUAGGGUUUUAGACUGCUAACAACCUUUUCCCUUGUGAGUGUAUUUUGCAACUAAUGACAGAUAAAUCCUUAACAUUUCUCUCCACUCAAAUACUUUAGACUAAUUGUACAUGUCUGUCCAUGCCACAUGAGUACGUGGGACCAAAAUUAAUGGUCCGUUAUAAAAGGCUGGUCGUACUUUCCAGUGGUCAGUCCUUGGUUCCUCAACGUGUUCUAAGCAAUGCAAAUGCCUAAAUUGUCUCUGGGCCACAUAGCAGGGUCCCUGUCUAUACUGUAGCAGCCACAGCUCUGUAGUUGAUGAUGCAAAUCUGCCGAGAUGUGCGGCUUCUGAAAGCUGGUUGAAAUUUCUGCAGCUGUUUCAAAGUUGUGGUCUGCCCUUGAAUCCUCUAUUAAUUGACUCUGUGUGAGCCAGAGGGAGCUGUGGUCCAGGUGGGCCCCUAGCCUGCAGGGAACUUUCUGGAUUCCCGCUCUUUGAAUUGAUGUCGGCAUUUGGACUCGCUACUUGACCAUUCUCACCCUGUGAAACGUCCCACACUUUGAAGCAAAUACAAUUAACAGCGCAGUGCACACAAAAAACUUGGCAUGAGACAGAGAAGGUUCUUCUUAUUCUAUGGGCUGGUUGCUGUGGAAACAGGUAACAAAGGGCAGCCUUCCACUUCUGGUAUAAUGGUGUAGCUCCCUUUUCUCUGGGCUUGACACCUGUCUGAAUAAGAGUGAUUAGAGCUGAAUAAUAUCCCUCUCUUGGUUAUUGAGUAUGUGGUUCACGUACAGAACUCUGUGUAAGUUGAAGAAGUAAAGUGUUCAUGUUCAUAUGUGUUUGUUUGCUACAAGUAUGUUUUUGAGGUUUUGUAAAACUGUUAUUUUUUUUUCACAAUGUGAAACUGAAGGUCAAAUAAAUUAUUAGAGAUUUUCUCUUCA